AUCGUCAUUGUUUAGUUACUACGUAAGCCAGCGGGUCAAGGCACCUUGGGUCGGUCUAUUUUACAUAAAAAUUUUUUCCGCUCAAAUGACAAGUUUCAAGUCAACCUUUUCAAAUGCGAUGACGCGCUGAAGAUCUGGUUAGCAGAAAUGAACUUCCUUGUUUUGGGCCAUUCGAGGCACUCAUAUCUAAAUUAUGUGAGCUGUGCCGCGAACUGAAAGGCUAAUCUGGUAUGAUCAACACCUCACAGAAAACUUCUUGAUCGACAAACAACGUGCUUGGGCUUUCUUGAAGUGAUAUUUGAAGCGUAUGUCAAACUGAAUAAUACAGCAGGGUAUCAAAGCGAUACCUCAGUAGAAACCAUUGUGAGGCCGUUUAGCGAGUUAAUUUUCUACAAAUGGCAGAUGUGGAAUUAGCUAAUGCUUCAAAUGGAACAACAGCGCGUUGGCGAGCCCUGGCAAGUAACGGAUCGGCUGGAAACACUGCCAUUACAACAAAACAAUCAUCACUAAGCAAGAAUUCUUCAACGUUAGACAUCCAUGAACCCGUCGCUGAUGCAAAGGAUUAUUCGGUCGACAUAGGUCUAAUUCAGCGAAGGACAUACCUGUUAUCAGCGGGCAUUGGGGACACGAAUAAAGUUUUUAAUCGCAUCAAGGGAUGGUUAGGAUUGAUAAUAUGGGCCUUGAAUGUUAUUAUUCACUUUGGACUAGACUUCUACGAGGCAGUGUUUGUCUUUGAAGUGUCGUGGGCGACGUGUAUUGGAGUGUUCUUAGUAACUCUUCUGGCUUGUUGUUACUCGAUGAUAAAACAUUCAGUGCCUUGGUUUAUUAAAGGAGUGAAAAAACUCAAGAAAGACGGACACUAUCCGAAAACUCUACGACGUGUUUACCUUAUAUUCAGGUUCAUGCCAAUCGUUGUGGUCAUGUUUGCGAUGGGAGCCGCCAUGGGACAGUUUGGUUGUUAUGCAUACGAUGGAGCACUUAGACUAAGCUUCUCUAAGCUUUCUAAUCAGACAGGAGUGGAAAUACCAAUGGGGAUUGAUGUGCUCUUCAACAUCCUCAGAGCGACAAGCCUGUUCCAUAUCUUCUAUGGCUUCUGUCUGAUUCUUGUGUUUCACAUGAGUUUAAUCUUCAUGCUUCAAAGCUCCAUGCGUGAAUUCAAUGAUCGUAUGGGUAAACUCUUUCGUGAAAACCCAAUUCAAAUCGCUUUUCCUGAAGCUGUCAAUCUAUUCUCUGCUAGAGCAAAAUUUGUCCGUGAAGGAAGUCAAAAGAGCACGGUUGUUCUAACCACUCUCUUGGUCGCCUGUAGUGCUUCCUUCGUUCUAAAUGCUUACAACUUUCUAUUCCUGAAACGCUUUGCCAUUUACGUGUGGUUCGCCAUAGCUCCCCUCAUAUGGGUGGUCUGUCCGCUUACAGGAGCCGCCUGGGUUACUAAGACUUACCUGAGGUACAAAUUGGUGGUGGUGAAUGCGUGGGUGGAUAUACCUGAGGAACACGAACUGGAGGCUUCUGCGCAUGACUUCCUGCAUCAGACCAACUCCGACGGCCGCUCCAGGUCUCCCUCUCCAUCCCUGAAGAAGAAAUUGGGCUCCACAAUAAAACGGUUGGGACAGAAGGAACCAGACCAGAAAUCCACCACAAAGAAGAAGGAUUCUGUUGGUGUAAAUAACCCAGGCUAUAAGGUCGACGAUACUAAGAAAACUGCUGCCCUAAGUGCUGCUCCAACUGAAACAAAAAGAUCAAGUUCAAGAAAAAACAGCGAAAUAUCCCUACAUUUCUCUGCCGACGAGAAGAGAUCAAAGCUCAAAAGAGGAUCUUUCCAUGGCACAACGCUUUGUAAAACCCCUGAGAUUCUGCUGACGGAUUGUAAUCAAGUCACGGAAAACGUGGUUCCUGCCCAAGAGUUGUCUUUUGGAAAAAUGAAAAGAUCAAAGAGCGAUUCAUCUUUAACAGACGUCGAAAAAGUGAACAGAUCAUUUUUACAACAGGAUGUGGUCCAAAGUUCAUCAAGUGAAAACGUCGCAAAGGACGCACCCCGGACGCACGUGGUGCGAAUCGAUAUAGAAGGCUCGCAGUCUUCAGAAAAUCAAGGUAACCAAACAACUUCCGGUUCCGGUGACGCUUACACGGCUCCCUCUGAAUUUCAAACCAGUUUUUCCAGUUCGACGCGAAGCUCUGAUGGCGAGCAGUUAAAAGUUCCUGGCCAAAAGGAAAACGCUAGUGGAACGAACAAAACCAAGGAUUCUCUACCCAAGACAAACUUUUUGACGGGUAUGGCGAAGACUUUUCAUCAAUGGAGGACAAAAACAAAGAAAAAAAGAAAGUUCAAUUAUGAAAAGUACAUCAUAUACCUGGAGAGCAUUCUGCCCACUGUGGGUUUUUCAAUCGGGGGAGUCAUAAUAACAUUUAACGGAAUUUAUACUUUUAUUGUAAUUUUGACCUUUUUAGUCGGGGUUUUCGCUCAAGAAGCCUUUUUUGGGAAUUGAAAAAUGACAGGGAAAAAAAAAACAAAAUGUGAUUAAAAGGGACCGAUAUGGGAAUGGGUGUAGAGGAAAUAUUUAGUAGUCGGUUGAGGAAAUUAUUUUAUGAAAAUAUUUACAUUGAGUUAAUUUUUAUAUUUAUACCAAAACUUUUAAGGCCAGUUAAAUAAUGUUGAUGAAACAAUUGGGUUAUGUUUUUUAAUAUUCUUACUUUUUUAACUUUGAGGGAGCGCAAUGUUUAUAUUGUCAUGGUUGCUGUUGUUCUUGUUGUUGUUUUAAGGAGCAAUAAUUCAAUAAGCUAUUAGCGAGAUGCCAAUUGCCUCUGCUUUAAGACCCGGGUUAGUGCAAUGCCCAUGAUGUGGAAAUGAUUUUUUAUUCUUGCACAAAUGAAACUAAUUUUCUCAAGAAAAGGUUUGCACUUAGCCUCGUUUUGAACGAGAGGGUCUAUGGAACUCGGAAAUACCGUAUUUAUGUUGGUGAAACAAAGAAGUUUAAUCUCGGUUUGUGCCGCAUCUUGAAACGUUAGCUGGUCUACAUUUUUCAAGUUCGAGAUUUGCAAUCCGUUUCAAUCUUCUUCUUCCAUGGCCAUCCUUCUCUCAUUCCUGGUUUGUUGUAACCUCAGCUUGUUCUAGGCGUUCGUUUGGAGGAGUUAAAAAACGAGGAGGCUUGGGUCGAGACCUGACCCAGCCCUCCCUCGUUUUUGGUCUGCCAUUACUAUUGCGCUGUUUAUUACUUCGCCGCGUCUAACAGACUGAUUCAUUACACUGAUUUAAUAUUUUGUAGUCUCAUCGAGGGUGAAGGAAGUUUUGAUCGUAACAAAAAUCUGACGUUUCAUUCAAGGAUGUCCAUAAACAUCUUGUAUGUGCAAAGUGACAUCAAUUUUCAAUUUUAUAUACUGUCUAAGAAACAUCUAUGUUUGCAUUUCAUAUUCAAUAAUAUAAAACGUCAUACCUGGGUAAUUGUGGUGUAUUUGGCGCGAUCUGAUAAGACAAAAAAGUAAUAUACGUAAAGGAAAUCAAAUCACAGGAUCUACAUAAUUUUUUUUAAUGAAUUGGUUAAAUUGGAACGGAAUAAUUUUGGGAUAAAAGUUUAGAUAGGUGUAGCUACAACUUAAUGUUGCAGUUACUCGCGAAAUGUUACCAUAAGUAAAUAAAUUAAGAACAAUAUUGUAUGAAAGGAACGUUGCAGUAACCGUCUGAUAAUGAUGAAAAUGUCAAGUGGGUCUUCAUUUAUGAAUUACACAACUAUUUAAAUACUAUUUUGGUAAUAAAGCGAUCAGAAUGGCUGCCAUGAAGUUU